AUGCCUUCAUUAUCCUCCACAUCAAAAGCUAUAGUGCCAUCUAUAGUGGUGGCAGCAAGAUCAAAGCCAAUGCUCCUUAGUCAGAAGAGCUCGAAGGAGGGCGUCGGCAGCGCGGCGGCGGCGGGGAGUGGCCGCGGCGGCGGCGGCAGCAGAGAGCAGGAGCACGCGCGGCUCGGGGAGAGGGAUCAGCAGGAGUGGCUCAGCGGCGAGCGGUUCAUCACCGGCUGCAAGCGGCGGGAGUCGCCGUUCCUCACCAAGCGGGAUCGCUUCCGCAACGAGUUCCUGCGCCGCGUCGUGCCGUGGGACAAGACCGGCGUCUCGUGGAACAGCUUCCCGUACUACGUCGAUCAGAAUGCGAGGCAGCUGCUGAGCGAGUGCGUGGCAUCGCACCUGCGGCACAAGGAUGUAGCUCUGGAGUACGGUUCAGGGCUUCAGUCCUCCAGUGGGAGGAUAUUGCUCCAGAGCUUGCCAGGGACUGAACUCUACCGCGAGAGAUUUGUGAGGGCUCUUGCCAAUGAGUUGUGUGCACCAUUAUUGGUUCUGGACAGCAGUGUUCUAGCACCAUAUGAUUGUGCGAAGACUGUUCAGAGAGUGAGGGAGAGGAUAAUCAUUCAGAGGUAG